GUCAGUACCAGAGUAACAUCUAGCACAGCAAGUGCAGCGAAACCCUCAAGCUGAUCUGUGAAGUUUAGGUCCUUUUUCUAUUUUGAACAGGCUUUUUUCUGAUUAGUAGCAGAGUUAUAAUUGGACUUACGUCAUUAUAAGAGGAAACACAGCCAUGACAGCUUUAAAACAUAUGACAGCCAGCACUUCCUCCUCCUUCACAAAAAGAUUGGCUGUAAUUCUGCAGUGCACUAGAGACCAGUCUGGGAGCUGAGGCUGUCCCAGAUCUCCUGCUGCACUGCCUGGCUAUAAACUGUUCAGGAUCAUGAAACACUGACAGUCUUCUUUGUAACAAACUUGAACUAAAUAAAACUGACUUGAACAUUUACUAUUGCCUUUAAGUAUAUGUAUGAUGAAAGGGAGGAACGGGGAAAAGUUAGAUGCAGCAUAGCCGAGGAUGUUAAUCCCACAUGUAUCCUGUUCAUAGUCUGCAGUCACUUGGGUGGUAUUUCACUGUAUCGGUGUUUCUGUCCUGAAAACAAGGUUUCACAGAGUGGUUUGAAGCACUUGCUUUUAACAGCAACAGCCACAGCAGCAAUGUCCUGGAGCGUGUGACCGAACACUGGCUGUCAGACUCGUUAACGGGUUGAUGGAAGGAAACACACACCAGCCACUUCCCAGCUAACAAGGCGCUGGCCGUUCCUCACUCUGCUCCAUCGGCCUCUCGGGUAGCAGCUUGUUUGCCAAGGAUAUUUUGGAGGAGGCGUGGGAGGAGGGGGAGAUGCUGCUGUAUGUUCAAUGCAAAGCACUUGGCUGUGAUAGGCUGAGGGACGUGGAUUCUCUGCCUAUAUCUGCCGGCAGCUGCAUCCUCUGCACUUUACAACUGGCACAGAGAAGGAAAGAAAGACAGUGAGAAGACAGAGGAGAAGGAAAAUCCUCACCAGCUCACUGGUUUUCCUAUACUGGGAUACCCAUGGAUGCUGCAGAGUUCCGCAAGAGCGGGAAGCAGAUGGUGGACUAUAUUGCAGAUUAUCUGGAGAAGAUAGAUAAAAGACAGGUCUUCCCAGAUGUGGAACCAGGAUAUCUAAGGCCCCUCAUUCCAGACUGUGCACCCCAGGAUCCUGAGAGCUUUGACGAUGUCUUUAAAGACAUUGAGAAGAUCAUUAUGCCAGGGGUGACUCACUGGCAAAGUCCCUACUUUUUUGCCUACUUCCCCUCAACCUCUUCCUUCCCAGCUCUUCUUGCAGAUAUGUUGUGUGGAGGAAUAGGAUGUGUGGGCUUCUCUUGGGCUGCAAGUCCAGCUUGCACAGAGCUGGAGACUGUCAUGAUGGAUUGGCUAGGGAAGAUGAUUAAUUUGCCUGAAGAAUUUUUAGCUGAGAAGGGUGGCCAAGGUGGAGGAGUCAUUCAGGGAAGUGCAAGCGAGGCCACCCUGAUUUCACUGCUUGCUGCAAGGACAAAAACCAUCAGACGGGUGCAAUCGGAAAAGCCUGAGCUAACAGAAGCUGACAUCAUGGGCAGGCUGGUGGCCUAUGCAUCUGAUCAGGUUCAUUCAUCAGUGGAAAAGGCUGCAUUAAUUGGUGGUGUGAAGAUUAAAAAAGUUUCUUCAGAUGAUAAAUUCAGUGUUUGUGGUUCAUCCCUAAAGAAAGUUUUGGAUGAAGACAGAGCUCCAGGUCUUAUCCCUUUCUUUUUCUGUGCAACACUUGGAACCACACCUUGCUGCUCCUUUGACAAACUGUUUGACCUGGGUCCUAUUUGCAAUGAGGAAAGUAUUUGGAUGCAUAUUGAUGCAGCCUAUGCUAGGAGUGCAUUCAUCUGCCUUGAAUUCAGGCAUCUUUUAAAUGGAGUAGAGUUUGCUGAUUCAUUUAUGUUUAAUCCUCACAAAUGACUCCUAGUGAAUUUUGACUGCUCUGCUAUGUGGGUGAAAAAAAGAUCUGAUAUAACAAGUGUCUUUAAAUUGGAACCUCUUUACCUGCAGCAUCAGCAUCAGGACUCUGGCCUUGUAACAGAUUAUCGGCACUGGCAAAUCCCCCUGGGCAGGCGGUUCCGCUCCCUGAAGCUCUGGUUUGUGCUGAGGAUGUAUGGGGUCAGGGGACUGCAGGAGCACAUCCGCAAGCACAUCAGGCUGUCACAUCAGUUUGAAGAUUUAGUCCUUCAGGAUGAAAGAUUUGAGAUCUGUGCUGAGGUUGUCUUGGGACUGGUCUGUUUUCGGCUAAAGGGCUCAAAUGAACUAAAUAAGGAGCUUCUUAAAAGCAUAAAUGAGGCCAAGAAGAUUCAUCUGGUCCCGUGCCACCUGCGAGAGAAGUUUGUGCUACGUUUUGCUAUUUGUUCCCGUGUCGUGGAAUCCACCCAUGUCGAGUUUGCCUGGCAGCACAUCUCACAGCUGGCAACUGAUCUUCUGAAAGCAUGGGAGCAAAACCAUCACCAGCAGCACCAGCAGUGAAGUAGCAGUGGGGAGGAGGAAAUCAACCGGCUUUCUCUGUGUUACCAAGCUUUAUUUUAGGGGCAGGUGGGAAAGUGAAAUUAUGUAGGAAAAAAAUACAAAACCUGUUCUUAUAUAGCCCAGCUGCAGUUGCAAAACCCUUGCCAGCAAGUUGUGUUGUAGCCUUACUCAUUCCUUCUCUGUGCUGCACUCUUUCUCUUGCCUGUUUCCAGGAUGCACAUAUUCAUGGGGGCUGGAGCUGUCUUCUUACCACUUUGUAAUCAAGAGCAUUUAUUGAACCAGGCAAUGGAAAUGGAAGGGUCAGUGCUCCCUCCACUAACCUGUAGCACAGCCACUCCUCUCUCCACAGAUGAAACUGUUGUAACCAAUUAAUUUAACAUUACUGUGACUUCAGAAAGAAUCCAAGUUGGGGGAAGUUCAGUAACUGGGUGCUAACACUGUUCAGGUCCUACCUAAACAGGCACACACAGAUGUUCUCAUUAUUUGGGGCACUAUCAAGUCACGACACACUUGCUGCAGUCGUUUAAUAUGUGAAGUUAGGACUUCAAGACUUCCUUCGUAGCCAUAUUCAUAUUGAGGGGAGAGAGCACUAAAUGAACUCUAGCUGGCCUUAUGGCAUGUUCUCUACUUUCUUCUAAAGGCUUUGCUUUUAAAACAGCCAUUUUGUCACAUCUUGGCAAAUAGUUGGGUUUCACUCUGAUGGUUCCUAAUGAGGCCUCUUAAAAGCUCCUUCUUAAGAGUUCUGUUAAAAGCCAUGUCCUACCUGGUAUUCCAUAUAUUAGCCAAGUUAUUAUAAGCAUUGACUACUUGAAAAAAGCCUGAAACCUAAGUUCUGUGAAACAGAGUUGUGACUUCUUUUUGGGCUACUAUUCUGCUUAAUUCAUUGUGUAAUAAAUCUUUUUCAAAAGAUGUUAAGAACUGUGACUGAAAAAAAGUUACUAUUUGUUUCCCAAAUUAGCUAACAAACAAGAUAACAAAUUACAAUAAAACCAGAAAUUAAGAGAACCCCAAAAUAUACUGUGGUGGACCUAUCAGUGUUUUUCUUCCAUUAAGAGUGAAGCAUGGUAUAUGAAAAUAUUGAAAAACAAUUAACCUUCAGAGGAAGUCAAAUAAUGUGUACUUGACACAAACCAUUGAUAUGUCAUCGUGUCAAAGGCAGGUGUAGUAAUGCAAGUCAAGUGAAAUGCAAAUCAGGAACAGUAUCUGACUUUAAUAAGUACUUCUGCUAUUUUGAAAACAUAAUUUCCAAACAGUUAUUUCUCUGUAAAGAAGAACAAAAUAAAUAGGUACUCCAAGAAAAAAUAAUCUGUAGGAAUCAUUUCUACAUUUGCAUUUAUUUUCCUUUUCCCCUUUUAGGGGUCAUAUUAACUUCUACAGCAUCUUGAACAACUUGCACAAUUAUUCAACUUUCUUCCUCCCUCUCUUGCAAGUAUACUACCUACCUAUAUUUGGAAAGUUGCAUGUAGACCAUGAAACAUGGACCCAAAUGGUGGAUUUGGCACAUAGUCUGCUCCUACCCACUGUCUCUCCAGAAGGGAUUAAGGCAGCUGACUAUGGACCAGGUGCAUUUUUCUGGUGAUUCCUAAUCACUUGACUUCUGCAGUGCAAACUGGGGAAGGAUUAGUAUUAGUGUGUAUCCAAUUGGUACAUAAGAGAUGUGCACAAACCCAUACACUUCUGAAAAACAGACGAAGCUCUGCAUUUCUAGCAGGUCAAGCUAUGUGACUAAGGGAGGCAGUGGCAUUGCACCCUCUGUAAGGCUAGCCAGGGACUAUGUUACCCACCCAGAUGGAAAAGCUGAUUACUGUUGAUUUAAGGAAUUGAUCUCACACGUAACAGAUGAGGCAAGACAAAUUAAUCUAGCUGUUGUGAUUUAGCCCCAACUCCUCUUACACCCAGCUGGCAACUAGAACCACAUGCUACUUGCUCACUCCUCCCCUGCCACCGGUGGGAUGAGGAAGAGAAUCAGGAAACAAAAGGCAAAAUUCAUGGGUUAAGAACAGUUUAACAGAAUAACAAAAGGGAAAGAAAAACCCCAACAAUAACAAUAAUAAUAAUGAAAGCAUAUACAAAGUGAGGGAUACACAAUGCAAUCUCUAACCAUGUGGCAACACUGAUGUGAAGCCCAUUUCUGAGAAGUUACUCCGCUGAGCAGGGAUCACAAACUCCAGAUCACGGUUUGCACCAAAACCUCCCCUGUCCCAGACAGCAGCAUGUACUCAAAGCACAAUAGCACCGAUCUGCACAGUCCAGAGAGAACUGAGACCUCCCCAGACUGACUCACUCCCCCUUGCCAUACCCCUUGC